AAAAUGUGUUAUGCUGAUGGUGGGUGUCACAUUUCGCUGGAUAAACAUCAGAGUUGCUGCCUGUUAGACGCAAUCUUGAACAAACCCGAAUAAUACUUCAUAGGGGACGAAACUGCGUCACUAGACUGUGUCGAACUAUAUUAGCAUUUUAUUUAACAUCACUCUUUAGCUUUUCAAAGACAGAGAGCUAAUGCUAACGACAGCUAGCUAACAGGCUAACAAAGCAAGCUGUCAUUAUGUUAUCUUGCUUGACCAUUGCUUAACUGUUUUGAGAGAUUAAGUAAUAUUUACAGCUACUGCUUGUUUUGUGAGUAACUUAACCUGCAACAUGGGUUAGCUAACGUGGCUGUCCGGAAUCUAGCUUAAAGCGUCUUGUUUAUCAUAUUUCCUGUCAGAUAAAGCUAGCUAACGUCAGUUUACAGAGUUUUACUUUGCUUACUUUGCUUUUUGAGUCAGUCAGACACCGUUACAUUAUACCUGGCAAAUACGUCGGUCAGGCAGUUGAUACCCGCCGGUGGAGAUUUGAUGGUUUGGACUGUCACUGUCACCUCCGGCAUCUUCACAACAAAGCCAUGCUAUGAUGGUGCUACGGCGGUUACUGAGAAAGCGCUGGGUGCUGGGAGUAGUCUUCGGGCUGUCGCUCAUCUACUUUCUCACCAGCACGCUCAAACAGGAGGAAAGGACCAUACGGGACCGCACACUCUUAGAGGUUAGAGAUUCAGACCAUCGCAUCCCCUGGAAAGUCCGUUUCAACCUGGGCAACAGCAGCAGACAGAUUACUCAGUGCAGAAACUCCAUCCAGGGCAAGACACUGCUCACAGAUGAACUUGGUUAUGUCUGCGAGAGAAAAGACUUGCUGGUUAACGGCUGCUGUAACGUCAACGCUCCCAGCACCAGACAGUACAUCUGUAAAAGCUGCCUGGCCAAUGGCUGCUGUAGCAUCUAUGAGUAUUGCGUGUCUUGCUGUCUCCAGCCUGAUAAGCAACCUCUCCUCGAGCGCUUCCUGAAUCGUGCAGCUGAAGGUUUCCAGAAUCUCUUCACCGCCGUCGAGGAUCAUUUUGAGCUCUGCCUGGCCAAGUGUAGAACCUCUUCACAAAGUGUUCAACAUGAGAACACCUACCGAAACCCUCAAGCAAAGUACUGCUACGGAGAGAGUCCGCCAGAGCUACUUCCUGUAUAAGAGUUUGACUUUCUUCUCGGGUUCAGGAUGUACAGGAACAGCAGUGGGCCAAUAAUAUGUCCUGAUUGGACACCUUAAGGGUGCUUUUUACUCUCUACAAAUGAACUGCUGUCUUGGAGAAUCUUGCAUUAUAGUGGCAAAGGAAUGAAGAUAUCCAAGACCAAUCUCUCAAAAAUGGACAAAUGCUACAUGUGAUUUGAUUAUUUACACUUCAUAAGUGCAUAGAAGGCUUCAUACAUUCAUCCGUGAUGAUCAUCAGGUCUACAUAGCAGGCAGCUCAUCCAUCAGGAUUCGCGUCAAAGCAGUUCAUGUCAUAAAAUAGGCUUCAUUUUAAAAGAAGUUAACGGCUGUUUUAUGUUUUGGUGAAUAUUUUAAAACCGCAAAGAAUGUGUCAUUACUUCUGUGUAUAGUGCAUGCAUAUGUAUCAGCUAUUUAAUAAAAGUGACUGUGAAACUAAAACGGUGACAUUCAGAAUUUCUUUAGUAGUGCCUUUGAUAUUUUCAUGAACUGUUGUGCUACAGGUGUAAAGGGCAGCUCUAUACUGGGCUAUGUGUGUAGUUUAUCCAAUACAAGGGGUGACAGGCAUGCUA